AUGUCAGGUCAGGAGAAGGAGGACAAGGAGACCUCCAAAAAAGGUAAAUCAAGAUCCAACAGGACUGGAUUGAACUUUCCGGUUUGUCGUAUUCAUCGUUUGCUUCGUAAAGGGAACUACGCUGAUCGGAUUGGUGCUGGUGCUCCGGUGUAUCUUGCAGCAGUGCUUGAAUACUUAGUUGCUGAAGUUUUGCAACUGGCUGGAAACACGGCACAUGACAACAAGAAGAGGCAGAUCAAUCCCCGACACUUGCAAUUAGCCAUACAGAAUGACGAUGGAUUGAGUAUGCUUCUUUCCGAUGUCACUAUCUCUCAAGCUGGU